AUGUCUCAAUCCCUCCGACCCUAUCUCCAAUGCUGUCGGUCCUCCCUUACCGCCGCGCUCGCAAUCUCCAACUUCGCCUCGCAGACAUCUGAGCGUCAUAACGUUCCGGAAAUUGAGGCGCAGUCCUCCCCUGAGUUGGUCCUAAACCCGAUCACCAUCAGCCGCAACGAACACGAGAAGCUUUAUAUCGAACCCUCCGUCAACUCGGUUCGAAUUAGCUUGAGCAUCAAGCAGGCGGACGAAAUCGAGAAAGUGCUGGUCCACAAGUUCACCCGCUUCCUGCAACAGCGAGCUGAAUCAUUCUUUAUCCUGCGGAGGAAGCCCGUCAAGGGAUACGAUAUCAGCUUUUUGGUUACAAACUAUCAUACCGAGCACCUCCUGAAGCACCAACUAGUCGAAUUCAUCAUCACUUUUAUGGAAGAGGUGGACAAGGAAGUUUCGGAGAUGAAGUUAUUUUUGAAUGCUCGGGCGCGAUUUGUCGCUGAAUCUUUCUUGACUCCGUUUGAUUAA